CAUUUUGACAUUGAGUACGAUUUACGCGCCACGCAUUGAAAUUGUUUUGCCGGAAUAGGGACGGAGCUAAUAUUUUAAGCAUACAAAUGACGGAUAUUAAUGGCGUUACUAAUACGCCAUUCGAUGUUGUUAAGCCGGCAUUGGACAUCCUUGAUACGAGUUUUGGAAAAAUAUUCGAACGUCUCGACCUGCCGCCAGACAUACAGAAUGGUGCGCUGCAAGCAUAUCGCGAAUUCAAAAUAAACGGUCCAGAAGAUGCACAAUUGUGGCUCUGCUGUGCCAUCUAUAGCGAGCUCCAGCAGGCCAGGAUGAAGGAAAUGUUAUCCAGAGCUGUCGCUGCCCGAGCCAAACGCAAAAAUAGCGGAGACCAGCAGCAGGAAUAUUGGUCAAAAUCCUCCCAAUGCAAUAGCUGGAAUAUGUCGUUGUCACAUCUACUGCGCUGCUUUAAUAUUGGCAUUAACGUCUUCUUGCAAAAAAUGAAGCAUUGGAAUAUGCUCGCUCAUCAUUCGGACACUUUUAAAAAAAGAAUCGAAAAUCUGCAGAGGCGACUUAGCAUAGAUAAACUGCUGCUGCGUCACUACAAAAACGUCUUCCAACAACUUUACUUAAAACCCGAUGCCUCCAAAGAGGAGGACUUGCUUGAAUAUCAAGCAAUAUAUGAGUUUGGUUGGCUGCUCUUCCUGGUCGUCCGGAACGAGCUGCCGGAGUACGCUGUAACUAAUUUAAUAACUAGCUUUCAGUUGCUCGUGUGCACUCUGGAGCUGGUCUAUGUCAAUGCACUUGAAGUGCACCAAUCGAAGAUAAUCAAUAGGGAAUUUCCUGGCAUUCCUAAGGAUUGGACAGAGGAAAAUUUUGAUAUCCUAAGCCUGCAUGGAUACUGUGCCAUCGACAAGAUAGGUGCGCUUAUACCCGAUUUGCCAGUAUCAGGUGUCGUUGUAGUCCGAAACUCUUUCUUUCGCAAGACGAUAAUGAUGUUUUUCUCGGAGCAGCGUCUGGUGGGGAAUCACACUCACAUGCGCGAGCUUAUUAAGGAUGGCCUAUUAGAGGUCAAUCUGACGAGCUUAAAUCGUAAUUAUGCCACAUUUGUGGCCGACAUAAAUGAAAUGGACGAACGUCUGUUCCUAAAGUUUGAACCACAAACAAACCCUAAGGAAAAGGAAGUUGCAAAGGAUGCGCCGCUGAAGGAACUGAACUCAAAGUUGUGGAUGAUUGAAGGUCAUAAAUUCUGUGAGGCCCAACGUAUGAAUCUUUAUCAGCUGCUUACGCAUGGGAAUGGUCUGCCACCAACCCUGCCCACCCACAUACGUGAUGCGAUCGAUAAAGAUGAUGCCAAUUCGCUAACCAAUAUUCAAAACACGUUGCGGGACAUGGCGCUUAAAUUUGGAACUGCUGCGGAAACCACCGCCCAUUUGUCGGACGAAGAGGCGAAGCGUCGCUUUGGACUGAGCAGCGCCAUUUAUUACAAACUGCUAGACAGUAUUAUAAAAGCGGAGCUGCAGCGCAAGCCCGGCCUGAAAAUAACGAAGCUGCUGGUUCAGCGCACUUUCAACGCCACUCUGAUUGCCUGUUGUCUCGAACUGGUGCUGCACAUAUGCGGUCAAAAGACGCUGGAAUUCCCGUGGGUGCUAGAAUGUUAUCAGAUUGAGGCCUUUGAGUUUCAGAAGAUAAUCGAACUGGUGGUGCGCCACCAUAAUGGUCUGCUCUCACAGGCGCUGAUACGGCAUCUGCAGUCUGUGGAGACGGAAUGUCUGGCCACGCACAUUUGGCGCAGAGACUCGCAGCUUUGGCAGCUGGACAAAUUGCCUCACUAUCGGAAUUUGCAGGACACCACUGAGUCUGAAGAUAAAGAGAAUGUCCCCAAAUGUGUUAACAUCACACACAAAUCAGUGAUUAUUUGUAUGCGCAAAUUUUAUUUGCUGGCCUCGCAACGCCUCCACGAUCUCUGCAAGCCAUUGGGUCUGCUUGGCAAUCCCAUGGAUUUUAGCCACAUGUGGCAUAUUGUGGAGUAUUCGGUGACGGCGCAUGGCUCGGAGCUUCUGCGACAACGUCAUCUGGAUCAACUCAUCAUCUGUGCCAUAUAUAUGUACGGUUGUAUGGCUGGUCUGAGACUUACCUUUACACAGAUCCUGCAGGUCUAUCGUCGACAGCCGUAUAUGCGCCGAAGCGUUUAUCGGGAGGUGCCAAUGGAGGGCGCACCCUGCGACAUAAUAGCGUUCUACAAUCAAGUCUAUAUACCUCUGAUGACUUUCUACUCCCAACUGCUGAAAUGCCGUCUCCGUGUGAGAGCUCUUCUGCAGCCCAAUCAGAAGCCUGCCAUGGAACACACUCAUCGCCAGAUCAGUCCGAAUCACAAUUUCUAUUUAAUGUCAGAGACCGUGCCUGUGAUGUGCGAUCAAACUUGCAACUGCACCACACUGAUAGCUGAGGCCACGGAGAACGCAUUGUCGGGCAAGAAGCGCUCCUACUCCUUUAAUAAAUCCAGCCCCCAACACUAUCAGCCCAAGCGACCAAACAUACUACGACGAUCCACGGCCAAUCAGUAGAAAUUCUAGUUAUUUUUUAAAAGUAUAGAGAAUAAGUCUCAUUAUUCGUGCCCAUUACUAUUUGGCUGCAUUUGUGGCAGCUCUAGGAAACUUUAGAAGUCUUAAGUUGCGUUCAAACCUGCUAAUAAUUUGUACAAAAAUUUGUGCAUUCUUAAACGUCGAAAAGAAGUUGGCUGUCGCAGAAAAAACAGAACCUGUUCUCAUUACCGCAUUCAAUUCAAUUGUGCAAACUGAAAAUUUUGUCCAUAUUUACAAAACAAAAAACUACGAAUGCCAGUUCCUCCACCCAAUUGUAUUCUUUCGAGCACUGUUGAUCAAAAAACGACAACUAUUGUGUUUUAACUAAUUGCUAAAGUACUAUCCGAUAAAAAAAAAACUUUGCAAACCGCAUAACUUGAUAGCAUUUCCAAAAAAAAACACAUUACCAAUUUCGAUUUCAUCUAAUUUGAUGAAAUUCGUAAAAUAAAGAACUGUUAUUGAAGCUCGACAAAUUUCUGUGCAAACUAUUGGCCUGUCUGAACACGGCUUCAGAGGGAGCCUUAAUUCUAAGAACUCGAAACUGAAACUUAAACAUAACAUAUAAAAUGGCGAUUAAAAUGUAAUCGUCGAGUAAACUUUCGCGUUGUGCCUCAUUGCUAUAUUGUUACAAACGUUGUACAUAUACCUCUGCACCUAUAAAUAGAUAUCAAAAAUAGCAUCCAAGCUACAAAUACUUGAAAUCCAUUUACAUUUAAACAUAUAAAUUGAAUUCCAUUUUUAGUUUUAAACAUUUUUUA